GAAGGGAGUGAGUGAGAGAGUGUGGAGGAGAGGGAGAUCCUGCUCAACGGUAAUCGCUAUGUUUUCCAUUGUGUGAUAUCACUCAAUACUCCACCCUGAGCGUAUGUCGUAGUGGAAUGGAGCAGAUCAGGCGAAUGGACGCCGUUUUAUUGCGGUAAAUUUAGAGCUUAUUCGUUUUAAAAAAAGACCAGUUGGAAGAAUGCGGCUACUGGCAUGACACCUUUUCAGAGAGAUCACACACAUUCAGGCCAGCCCUCAGGCCUAAUUGGAUGACACUUGAUGCUAUGAAGCUUUGUGACAAUAAUACUGUCAUCGAGGAGGAGCGCCACGCAAAAGCCAAUGACCGUGAAUAUAAUGAAAGAUUUUGUUAUGCAGACAAUCGCAUCAAGACUUCGAAAUACAACAUCUUCACAUUCCUGCCAAUCAAUCUAUUUGAACAAUUCCAGCGUGUUGCCAAUGCCUACUUUUUGUUCCUGCUUAUAUUACAGCUAAUUCCUGAGAUCUCCUCACUGUCCUGGUUUACCACCAUCGUGCCUUUGGUGCUUGUACUAACGAUCACUGCUGUCAAAGAUGCUACAGAUGACUAUUUUCGCCACAAAAGUGACAACCAAGUCAACAACAGACAUUCUCAGGUACUCAUCGAUGGCAAAUUACAAAAUGAAAAAUGGAUGAACGUACGCGUCGGAGACAUCAUCAAGUUGGAGAACAAUCAGUUUGUUGCUGCAGACUUGCUGCUUUUGUCUAGCAGUGAACCUUAUGGGCUUUGCUAUGUUGAAACAGCUGAGCUGGAUGGGGAGACGAAUUUGAAAGUCCGUCAAGCCUUAACGGUGACCUCAGAACUUGGGGCUGAUAUCAGCCGCCUGGCGGAGUUUAAUGGUGAGGUGAUCUGUGAGCCUCCAAACAACAAAUUAGACAGGUUCUCGGGAACGCUGUUCUGGAAAGACAACAAGUAUUCCCUCGAUAACGAGAAAAUGCUGCUUCGAGGCUGCGUGCUCAGAAAUACGGAGUGGUGCUUCGGAAUGGUCAUCUUUGCAGGGCCUCAAACAAAACUCAUGCAAAACUGCGGGAGGACCAAAUUCAAAAGAACGAGUAUAGACAGACUGAUGAACACUUUAGUUUUAUGGAUAUUUGUUUUUCUUAUAUGUAUGGGGAUUAUUCUUGCUAUUGGAAAUUCAAUCUGGGAAUACAAAGUUGGUAGCAAUUUCCGAAUUUACUUGUCCUGGAAUGAAGUUCUCGAUGAUCCGGUGCUAUCUGGAUUCCUUACUUUCUGGUCGUACAUUAUCAUUCUCAACACGGUGGUGCCGAUCUCCUUAUAUGUCAGCGUGGAGGUCAUUCGCCUUGGUCACAGCCACUUCAUAAACUGGGACAGAAGAAUGUAUUAUGCUAAGAAGGACACCCCUGCCGAGGCACGCACCACAACACUAAAUGAGGAACUGGGACAGAUUGAAUACAUCUUUUCAGACAAAACUGGAACAUUAACACAGAACAUCAUGGUUUUCAGCAAAUGUUCAAUCAAUGGAAAAACUUACGGGGACAUGUAUGAUGAGCUUGGACGUAAAAUAGAAGUCUCAGAGAAAACCCCAGCCGUGGAUUUUUCAUUCAAUCUUCUGUCAGAUAAGAAAUUUAAAUUUUACGACCACAGUCUUCUGGAAGCAAUCAAAAUCGGAGAGCCGACUGUGCACGAGUUCUUCAGACUUCUGGCCCUUUGCCACACUGUUAUGCCAGAGGAAAAAAAUGAAGGGGAUCUUCACUACCAGGCCCAGUCACCUGAUGAAGGGGCUCUGGUUACGGCUGCAAGAUCUUUUGGCUUCGUCUUCCGGGCCCGCACUCCAGAAACCAUAACAGUGUAUGAGAUGGGUGAGCCAGUCACCUACCAGCUGCUUGCAAUCCUGGAUUUCAACAACUUCAGGAAAAGAAUGAGUGUCAUCGUCAGGAAUCCCAAGGGACAAAUAAAGCUGUACUCCAAAGGAGCCGACGUUAUUCUCUUUGACAGGCUCCAUCCAUCUAAUGACGAUCUCAUGGAGACAACGUCGGACCACCUCAGCGAGUUUGCAGGAGAGGGGCUGCGGACGCUGGCGCUCGCUUACAAAGAUAUUGAUGAGGACUACUUGGCACAGUGGCUCAAGAAGCUUCAUUUUGCCAGCAUCUCAUUUGACAACCGGGAGGAAUGUCUGUCAGCCUUAUAUGAAGAGAUUGAGCAGAAUAUGAUGUUACUAGGUGCCACUGCCAUUGAAGACAAACUACAAGAAGGCGUUCCGGAGACCAUCGCGUGUUUAAAUCUUGCCAACAUUAAGAUCUGGGUCCUCACAGGAGAUAAGCAAGAAACAGCGAUGAAUAUUGGAUAUUCUUGCAACAUAUUGACCGAUGACAUGAAUGAACUUUUCAUCAUAUCAGGCCAUACAGCACUUGAGGUGCAGCAGGAGCUCAGGAAAGCAAAGGAAUGCAUGCUGGGUUCAAGCAGAGACAUCGGCAACGGCCACACGUUUUCUGAAAAGAAGAAGAACUCAGAUUCCGUGUUUGAGGAAACCAUCAGUGGCGAGUAUGCCUUGAUUAUCAAUGGGCACAGCCUGGCCCAGGCUCUAGAGACGGACUUGGAGCGAAUCUUCCUGGACAUUGCCUGCAUGUGUAAAACAGUCAUCUGUUGUCGUGUUACUCCCCUGCAGAAAGCCCACGUGGUCGAGCUUAUAAGGAAAUACAAAAAAGCGGUCACCCUGGCCAUCGGGGAUGGAGCUAAUGACGUGAGCAUGAUAAAAACAGCUCAUAUCGGUGUUGGAAUCAGUGGGCAGGAGGGGAUGCAGGCCGUGCUGGCCAGCGAUUACUCCAUUGCCCAGUUUCGAUAUCUGCAGAGACUGCUGCUUGUUCACGGCCGCUGGUCCUACUUCCGAAUGUGCAAUUUCCUUCAUUAUUUCUUCUACAAGAACUUUGCUUUCACCCUUGUCCACUUUUGGUACGGUUUCUUCUGUGGAUUUUCAGCACAGACGGUGUAUGACCAGUGGUUCGUCACCUUGUUCAACGUCGUUUACACCUCCCUGCCAGUUCUUGCAAUGGGCCUCUUUGAUCAGGAUGUCAACGAGCAAAACAGUAUGGAGCACGCCAAGCUGUAUGAACCCGGACAAUUAAACCUCUUAUUCAACAAGCAUAAGUUCUUCAUCUGUACGGUGCAAGGGAUCUACACAUCCUUUGUGCUUUUCUUUAUCCCAUACGGUGCUUUUGCGGACAGCGUGAGAGGUGAUGGCUUACAUAUAAUGGACCAGCAGUCGUUUGCUGUCACAAUCGCAACAUCUUUGGUAAUCGUUGUUAGUGUCCAGAUCGGAUUAGACACCAACUACUGGACGGCGGUCAAUCAUUUCUUUAUAUGGGGCAGUGUGGCAGUUUAUUUUUCCAUUUUAUUCUUCUUGCACAGCGAUGGAAUUUUUGACAUUUUUCCCAGUCAGUUUCCCUUUGUUGGAACUGCUCGCAACUCCUUAUCCCAGAAGAGCGUCUGGCUGGUCAUCCUGCUGACCACUGCGGUGUGUGUCAUGCCGGUGGUGGCUCUGAGGUUCUUGAGGAUUGACUUGAAUCCCACUUUGACAGAUAAGGUGCGACACAUGCAGCAGGCCAGAAGAAAGCACCGUCCACUGGAGCACAACUUGAAGCGCGUCCGCAGGACAAGCUCCAGGCGCUCAGCCUAUGCCUUUGCACACCAGGAAGGCUACGGAGAACUGAUUACCUCUGGCAAGAAUAUGAAGGGCACCAGCCACUUCUCAAUGACGCCGGGGGGUCGCAUCCAGAACAGUACCAGCUGGAUCGAAAAUCUCCUUAAGAAACGGACAGACCCCACAGGUGCUGACAGGACCCCCAAGCAGCAACACCAGUAGCGGCGUGCCUCCGCUUCCAGACGAGUCUGUCUUUUGCACUGUGCUUGGAUGGUGCCUUGCCAUCGAGAGAUGGACCCCAGAGCAUGAGAGUCCAGUCCUUGGAAUUCCACGUGCCAUCUUCACGAGGGGUUCUGUGAUAAAAUGGAGAAACGAAUUCUAGAAUGUCACGAGAGAGGUGGCACUGGGGUAGAAUUCUCAUGCUGUCGGUCGCCGGGAAGGAGAACUCACAGCAGAUGGGUUGGGUGGGAUGCUGUGACACAACUCCGCUCUGGACCUGAAGCUUUGAGCCCUGGCAGAGCACACUUAACCAUCCACUCCCCUCGAUGCCUUUACUUUGGGGUUGUUACUUGGAUUAUCAACAUGUGGUAACCGGAUAGCCCUCAUUUCAAUGAGGACCAAUCUCGUAUCCUUCUGGUUUUGGGUUUGGGGAUGUAAACCUACGUCCAUCAGUGCAGCACACAUUGAAUGUCAGACCUAUUUGAGGAUCUGCUCCUCACCCUUCAGUUAGGGGACAAAGCCUGGAUUUUUCACUCUUGUUACCCAAUGAGCCCUUGUUUGUCUGAGAAACCCCUCUUGUAGAGUUGGGUUGGGUGGGGGAGCCUCAUGACACACCUACACUCAGGACAUGAACGCGUGGCCUUCGGCACAGCACACAUUGAAUGUCAAGCAUGCUUGAGUAUCCACCACUGCCGAUAUCAUGUGCAAAACAAAAACCAUCACGUCACUGGAAACCCACCUCGUAUCCUUUUGGAGCAGGGUUGGAUUUAGCAAGAAGUCUUUCCACCUCUCCAUUUGAGAUGUGAACCCCCUGCCCCAGAGAGCAGCGCACACAGAAUAUCAGAUCUAGUCAAGUAUCCACUCAGUGACGAUCUUUUGAGUUUGUAACAAGUGGUAAACAACCAACUCUCUCUUCACUGGGAACCAGUCUGGAAUUUUUCUGAAGCUGGGUUGGGUGGGCAGUCUGGGUGUGACUCCAUGGUCCACUUGAGUAUCGACCUGCUGCAUCUCUCUUAUGGUUGUCACCUUCCUAUUAACUUGUGGUGAAAGGUGAUUUCGUGUUUAAUAAGGGACCAGCCAUGUUUGGUUCUGAAUUUGAUUGGGGGCAAUUCACACGUCCAUUUAGGAUGUAAAUCUAAAGAUUUGCUGCAGCCCAUCCUAAAUGUCAGAUCCACUUGAGCCAACCAGUGCCCUUCGGUUGGGUUUGUCACCUCGGUUAUCAACAAGUGAGGUACGGUCAGCCCUUAUUUCAGUAGACUCCAAUCUUGUAUUCAGGUGGAGUUUUUGUUUUCAGAGGAACUCGGGAUUAUGACGCACCUCCACUCGAGGCAAGUGAAUGUCGAGACCAUGCAAGAAUCACCUCAUGGUUUCUCUGUAGGGAUCACCUGGAAAAAUGGCAUGCGGUAAAAGGUCACUGUUCACUUCGCUGCUGUUAAAUAUUGCAUUCUUGUGGAGGUUCUUGAGCGUUGAGUCGGUAUUAUUACUUAUCUCCGUUUCAGAUGCGGACAUUUGUAAGGUAAACAUUGAACAUCGAGGCCAUUUGAGAAUCGGAUCAUGGCUCUCCACUGUUGGGAUCGCCUGGAUGCAGGGCCGGUGCCACCAUUAUGGAAAAUCAGGCAUUCAAUCAUAAGGGAGUAGAACCCAGCCGCACAGUUUAACUACCGAACAUUCGGUUGACACACUAAUAAGCUUUGGCCGGUAAAAGGUCAGCAUUCAUUUCACUGGGGUCCAAUCUUGUAUUCUUGUCGAGUUUUUUAAGAGGAAGUUGGAAUUAUUAGACACUUCCGCUCAGGAUGUCGACAAUCGUUGUUACAAGCAACGAUUUAGAGGAACCAAAAAGACCAGAAGAUGAUCUCUUAGCCAGAGAUGUGGUCAGGGAAAGCAAAGGGACCAACCCAGGUGAUCAUAGCAAACAAAAUCAAAGCACAGGACAUUACUCAAGACAAAGCAAAAGUUAGGAACUGUUGUAUCGUGGAGACAAAAGAAAGGACAGGGAGAUACAAAGGAGUUGUACACAGUGACAGCCAAAACCAAAAAUGAAAGAAAACCAAUCGUCAAAACCUUGUGGUCGAAAAUCAGAAGUGAAAAUAAAGUCUUAAGAACUUGAAUCACACGAUCGAACCUUGAUUUUUUUUUGAGAAAUCCGCAACCUUGGACAAUCAAGUAAUGCCAGAAAUGGACUUUUAUACCUCAUGACCCCUAAUGUUGCUCUGUUCCUGAGUGACCACAUAGCAACUGAUAAACAAAACUACACAAAAUGGUGAGGCUAGAAGGAAACAAAUGAUUAAUAUAUACUUUAAAACAACCGCAAACUCAGAAAAGCAAACAUCGAGAAUCACUAGCAUGACCUCAAAAACGUGUAAAGUGAAGUAAAUCAAGUGAAAGGAUGGCAAAAUAACAGCACAGAAGAAACAAUAAUGACAACAACCAGGAAACAAACCUACCGCUCGGGCAAACUUGAAACGUAAGUGAACUGCACUAGAGAAACGAGACGCUGUGUAUCCACAGGGCGGAUGUAAUUAGGGAGAAUAGUGAAGAGUUACGAUCAUUAAUGGAAUUCAAGAUGGCCGUCUUUUAUUACGUCAAGCGUGAAGGAAUCAGCCGGGUGCUCUCAAUCAGUUCACUGUAGCCGACUGACUAAGAUAACAAAGCAGUGGCCUUAAAUAAAGGAGGUUAAUUUACAUAAUGCAGUGUAAGCAGCAGUUCAGUUUCCACCAAUCAGAAUCGAAGUAAAUGGUAUAUUCAUAUGCUUUAGUAUUAUCUGGACAUCCCCAAACAGUUAAAACAAAUUAAAAGUCUUUGACACGCACAUAUUCAUCCCCAAAGAGAAACUUCUUAUUUAAAAAUUCUUAAAAAUGAAAUGUUUUUAAUUAUAAUUAUCCCAUCAUUCCCUUGGUGACUGUUCUGGACAUGACUGGUGAAGGAUUUUUGGGUUGCAAAGGACAGACGCAACGUGAACACUCAUAAAUUCACGCAGUAAUAGCAAAAGACAAAGACAUACCUUCUGAAUGUUUCCUCUUGGGUCACGGAUAGAAAACGUGUCACAUUUUCAUAGUGACAUCUUCGUGGUGUCAUUGUCAUGACGAUCGAGGUCACAUGAUGUAUCUCAGGAGCAGCAUGUAAUCAAAACGGUAAAUCAAAUUGACUUUCUCGGAUAAGGUCAAAAAUG